AGUCGAGUUCAAUGUUGUUUUAUUGGAGGACUCAGUCAAGACUGCUUGCAUCUAGCAGGCUAGCAUGCCUCUCAGACUGCUCUCGUGCGGAUCCAAUCCGUCGGGACAGCUCUCUUUGGGUCACUCCGAUGACGUGCAUCAAUACUCGCCGUGUCAUUUCCACCCGUCUAUUGAGCAUCUCCUGAAGAAAGCGAGCAUCCUAGAUUUGGUGUCAUCCUCCUCUCACUCCCUCCUGCUCCUCUCAACCGAAGUCGGCAAUGUCCUCUUGGGAGCUGGCACUAACACCCUGGGUCAACUUGGUCCCCGAUGCGCUUUGUGGGCCGAUGUGUCUCCAGAGACAAAAUUCAAAUCUGUGGACCUACUUGGACCGGCUGGAUUCAGCACGGACGAGUGGACACCGGUGAAAAUCGCAUGUACAUGGACGACGAGCUUCGUAGCUUACCGAAAGAUCACGAGGGGCGAUACGGUGCUUUCGCCGGUGGAGCAGACACAGAUGGUCCUCGGUUGCGGAUCGAAUGAUUUCGGUGAACUCGGUCAUGAAACCAUCUUGGAGGGUCAGGCAUCGGUAGCCCCUAGUGCGAUGAAUCUAGGUCUCGAGCCGGGAGAGGAACUGGAGAUGAUUUGCGGAGGACAGAGACAUGUGAUAGCAGUCAUCAGAAGCUCAGAUGGAGGGCAGCGAGUCGUAGGAUGGGGUGCAGCUCGAAAGGGAGAGUUGGACCCUUCACGACGGUUGAAAUUUGGAUCAAGUAAAGGCAAAGGUCAGGCCUUGCCCAAAAGUAUCCCUCCGACUGUACUCGAUUGCAACCUAUCUUUAACUAAUCCUAUUCUUGACAUUGCUGUCGGCACCUCGCAUGCCGUCGUACUCCUCUCAAAUGGCUCGUUGAUGUCUUGGGGAGCGGAUACCAAGGGACAGAUCACCCAUCUUGAUGAUCUUGGUAGUGUCAGACGGAUCGGAGUGACUUGGAAUGGCAGCUAUACUCUCUCCCCUUCAGGAAUUCAUUCUCAAGGGUCCAACAAUCAUGGGCAACUACUGCGGCCUACCGAAGCUGAUUCUCAAUUGAUACCGUUUCCAAAGGAGGUGGACACUUUUGUCUGUGGUUCCGAGCAUCUGCUCGUAUUGUGCCCAGGCAACGUGGAUGAAAAUGAGCUAUGGACAGGAGGUUGGAACGAACAUGGAAAUCUGGGACUUGGAGAUCUAGAGGACAGAAAUCGUCUUGUGAAGGUCCCGCUGGAGACAGGCAAGAUCACAGGGAUGUGGGCUGGAUGCGCUGCCAGUUGGAUCUGCAUGGGGUGACCGUCGCGUCAAAAUAACCCUCCUGGCCAUAUACCAUCGGCAGACGAUUGCCUAUUCUAUUAUACCAUGCCUUAUUGUGUACGAUGUAACUCGCUUCACAUGGGUUGACCAGGCCUUCGCUAAAUGGGUACCCUAUACACACGCACACAGAUCGGACAGGGUCUCACCCGA